AUGGCGUCAUCUUCCUCGGAUCCGCCUCUCGCUCCUUCUCCAGUCCCUCCAGAUCUGCUUUUCUUGUUUGGAUCUUCAGAUCUAUCUUCGACUUCGGUUCCCAUUUCGUCUCCUUCUUCUCCGGUCCCUCUCCCCAAUCACUCUGAGACCCAAUCUCAAAUUCAUCCUCCAUCAUCAGACAAUCCUCAGUCUUGGGUUUCCCUAUUCAAGUCCGCCUCUCCAAAUCUUAUGAAAAUUGCUUCUCCAGUCCUAGACGAGGACGGAACUCCGACAGUCCGGGCACCAGACUCGAUUACCUUGGGUUCUUCUCAGAUCUGGAAGGAUUAUCUUAUAGCUUAUUUUCAUGGAACUCCUCCCUAUCCAGCUAAGAUCUUUGCAGAUCUGGACCCAAUCUGGGGAACCAAAGGAAGAAUAUCAGUUAAGAAACAUUCAUCACGAAUUUGCUUCAUUCACAUUCCCUCGGAAGAGAUUCGUAAGUGGGCAUUGGAAGUAGGAUUUUGGCAUUCUGGUAAUUUUUCUUUCACCCUAGCUCCGUGGACACCAGACGCAAAAUUAGUUCCGAUGAAAUUGACUCACGCCCCAGUGUGGGUCCUCUUCAAAAACAUCCCACCGGAGCUUUGGUCGUUCGUAGGGUUCAGUACAAUAGCUUCAGGUGUGGGUUUUCCGGUUCACUCUGAAUUUCCAAAGCUCUCCCCAUAUACCAAUGGAAUCUCGAAGCUGAAGGUAGUGAUUGAUCUCUAUAAGAAGCGUCCUCCGUUCGUGCGGAUCUCAGACAGAUUAGGAGCUACAGUCUUGAUCGAAGCGCUCUACCCGAAACUUCCUCCCAAGUGUAGUCUCUGUAAUGAGUUUGGGCAUCUUCGCCUCCGCUGCCCGGAAUCUCUAGCUCACCCUCUCCAGAUUCCCCCUGUCGUUGCAAAUCCUCCCGCAGCGAUUACUCAGGACCCUUUUCAGAAUCUGCAAAAAUCACAUUCUCAGUUGAAUCCCCGGACAGAGGAGAGUGGGCUUCGUCAACAACACAACCAUAAACAAGGAUCUUCUAGUCUACCGUCCUCGCCUUCGUUUUCAAAGGAAAAUACAAAUUCUGUCAACUCUUACAGAGUCGUGAGGCGCUCUAGACCUCGGUCGGCUUCUCCUUCCUUGGCCUCAAAAACCAUCUCCAUUAAACCUGUGACCACGGCUGAAUUUGAGGAAGAAUAA